UUAAAAACGUGUUUGGCGCGGGAAGCCUUUAGACUACUUUUGCCUAAUCCAGCAAUCUUCAAAGUGCGACGAAGGGUUUGGGUGAACGCUGAAAACAUGAAAUCUUUAACUUUCAGUCUUUCAAAUUCACUCCAACCCUUCUUUUCUCUCUGAUCUUUUUUCCUCCACCCUCAAAAUCCUACCACAGCUAGCUAAUGAGUUCGCUGCGGUUUCAGUUACCUAAUAGUCUCAACUUGUUCUUCAUCAUUUUUGCAAUCUUAUGGACUUAUCAUGAGGCAGCAAGGGACACACUGAAACUAGGGGACACUCUCAAUUCAUCAAGUUCCUUGGUUUCUGCAAAGGGAAAGUUCACUAUGCGUUUCUAUGUAAAUGAUGAAAACUCCAACUCCAGCUACCUAGCUACAUGGCAGAGGGGAAGUAGUAAUCACGCAUGGAUUGCCAACCGAUACACACCAGUAUUAUACCCUUCUGGAGUUCUAACAUUGGACAUGAAUAAAACAUUAAAAAUUAUGCACAAAGGUGGUGAUCCUGUGGUGCUUUUCCGGGCUUCUGAAACUAACAGUAUUCACAGUACUAGUGGUGUUGUGGCUACUCUGUUGGAUUCUGGAAAUUUUAUUGUGCAAGAACUGAACUCUGAUGGAACAAUGAGGCAGGUACUGUGGCAAAGUUUUGAUUAUCCUACAGACACCCUUUUGCCAGGCAUGAGAGUAGGAGUUAAUCAUAGAACUGGCCACAUUUGGUUGGUUUCUUCAUGGUCAAGUGAGGACCAACCCGCACCAGGGCCUUUCACCCUUGAUUGGGACCCUAGUGGACGUGAACUGAAAAUAAAGCGACGUGCGGUGGUUUAUUGGACCAGUGGAAUCUUUAGAGAUGGGCAAUUCGAAUUUAUGAAACCUAAUGAUGAAUUGGGUACUCUCAGGUAUAAGUUUAGCAUUGUUUCGAAUGAGAAUGAAGACUGCUUCACUUACACUAGUGCUAGUGUCAAUCAAAGUGACGGACCACAAUGGGUGCUAAACAUCUUUGGGCGACUCCUUGAUUUAAAUGGAAAUGUUAUUGCACCAGCAGAUCAGUGUUAUGGCUUUAACACCAAUGGAGGGUGCCAGAGACGGGACUAUCCCAGUUGCAGGCAUAUUGGUGACACAUUUGUUGAAACGAAUGGUUUCUUCAGAUCACUCACAUCAAAUAUGACAACGAAGCAUGAUUCAAAUACAAGUCUCACUCUUAAUGAUUGUAAGGCAGCUUGUUGGGAGGAUUGUGACUGUCUUGGAUUCAUCACUCUCUUAAAAAAUCAGACUGGAUGUAAAUUUUGGGUCGGAAACUGGACCUUUAGUUCACGUGACCUCUUUGGUUAUGCUAAUCCAAGAAUUUUUGUCCUAUCUGGAUUAUCUCGCAAUGAUACAAACAGGGCAGAUACAAACAGUGCAGAUACAACCAACGAAGAAUCAGAUACUAACAGUUGGAUAUGGAUUGGUACUUCCAUUGCUGCUGCUCUGUUAUUAAUGGUGCUUUGCAUCUUGUGUUAUCUCCUAAGAAGAAGAAAAUCCCUCCUUUCAGGGAAAUGCCAGCUAAAGAUUGAGAAUGAAUUGCUAGAUUUGGUGCAAUCUGAUAAAUCGCUUGAUGCUGAGGGGCUUCCUAGUGAUGGAAAGAUGGGACAUAAUGAUUUAAGUGCAUAUACUUAUGCAUCUGUCUUGGCUGCUACAAGCAACUUUUCUGAUGAAAACAAACUUGGAGAGGGGGGAUUUGGACCUGUUUAUAGGGGGAAGUCGGGGACAGGAAGAGACAUAGCUGUGAAGAGACUUUCUAGAUGUUCAGGGCAAGGAACAUUAGAGUUUAAGAAUGAAUUGAUACUAAUAUCUGAACUCCAACAUACGAACCUUGUUCAACUUCUGGGAUUUUGCAUUCAUGGGGAAGAGAGGAUGUUGAUAUAUGAGUAUAUGCCAAACAAAAGCUUGGACUACUUCAUAUUCGAUACAACCAGACGGAUGCUAUUAGAUUGGAAUAAGCGUUUCAGUAUAAUAGAAGGAAUAGCUCAAGGAUUGCUUUAUUUGCACAAAUACUCCAGGGUGAGGGUAAUUCAUAGAGAUUUAAAAGCUAGUAACAUUCUACUUAAUGAAAACAUGAUUCCCAGAAUAUCUGACUUUGGUUUGGCAAGGAUUUUCAUGCAUGAUGAACCAGAAGCAAAUACUCAUAGGGUUGUCGGUACAUAUGGUUACAUGUCUCCUGAGUAUGCCAUGGAGGGAAUUUUCUCCACAAAAUCUGAUGUCUACAGUUUUGGUGUGCUAAUGCUUGAAAUCAUAAGUGGAAGGAAAAGCAGUAGUUUCAACGACAAUGAUCAUGUGUUGAAUAUAGCAUGGGAGUUGUGGAAACAAGGUCUUGGGUUACAAUUAAUGGAUCCAACACUGUGCAGCUCAUAUAUUGAAGAUCAAUUGUUGAGAUGCUUCCAUGUUGGUCUGCUUUGUGUGGAAGAAAAGGCAGUUGAUCGACCCACCAUGUCUGAUGUCAUAUCUAUGCUAACAAAUGAAGGCAUGUCACUACCUGCACCUACAAAACCAGCAUUUUGUACGGGAAAAAAAGUCUUUGGGGCUGGUAUAGAUGGAAAGGGAUCAGAAUCAGUAAAUGAUAUAUCGGAUUAUGAAGUUGAGGGACGUUAA